ACGUCACAUCCGGUCCUGGGUCCGUUCUGCUCACCAGCAGCUGAUCGUGCCGCGCACAGCACACACAUUACGGUAACGGCUCGCUCUCCGUCCUUUACGGUAGAGGAGUAGAAGCCGGAAGUGAGCUCAGCCGCGCGGGCUCGUUGUUCUGAGAACGAAGAUGAAGCUCGUGUUGAGAUGACUGAAAGCGGCGCUCAGCUGUUUGCUCGUCUGGAGGCUCGACGCUCUCUGAAGGACAUCGAAACUCGCCUGUUUCCUGAAGAUGGAGGACCCGACCAAGGUGAGGUGGUGGAACUGUAUGGACCAGAGGGAACAGGUAAGACAGAGCUGCUCUACCACCUGCUGUGUCGCUGUGUGUUGCCGGUGGCGUCCGGCGGUCUAGAGGUAGACGUUGUGUUCGUGGACACCGACUACAGUCUGGACAUGUUACGACUGGUCAGCAUCCUGGACAGUAGGCUGAACACAGCUCGUUCUACGCGCUCGCCCUCGACAGGUUCAGAUGAGGCCUUGUUGCGUCAGUGUCUGUCUCGCCUCCUCGUCGUCCAUUGUUCCUCCUCCUCCCAGCUCCUCCUCACCCUCCACUUCCUGGAGACCUCCUUGUCUUCUCGGCCUGGCCUGGCGCUCCUACUCAUUGACAGCAUCUCUGCUUUCUAUUGGCAGGACCGCUGUGAGGGCGGGGCCAGCAUCGCGAAACAGGAAGAGAGGCUCAGCAAGUGUACAGAGCUGCUGGGUCGACUGCUCAGGGAUUACAGAAUAACCGUCUUCGCCACCUGCCACGCCAUCAGGAGGAGCUACAGUGGACCUCCCUCCUCUUCCUCUUCCUCCUCCUCCUCCUCCUCCUCUGAGUUCGACCGACCAUAUCUCUGUCGCCCCUGGCAACGGCUGGUGACCCACCGGCUGCUGUGCUCCAGGCAGGAGGCUGCAAACAACAUGGCCGCCACAGCAGGAGGCAGCAAGGAGAAGAGGAGUCGACAUGUCUUCACUGCUCGCUGCACCUCCUCCAGGACGAAGGCUUCCAGGAGCAGCUCCUUCUGUGUCGCAGACGGAGGAGUGGAGUUUACCUGAACGGUAACUGAGCUGCAGACACCAGGACAUUUACUGCAGGUGAAACCAGCUGCGGACAGGAAGUUGUUGCUUUACUAUAACUUUAUAUUUUCCUUACAGAAAAGUAGUUCUCUAUAUAUUUGUGUUAAUGUUCAACACAGUUGUUCAAUAAAGUUUGCUGAUGUUAGA